AUUUCCCAUGCAAGCUGCGACCCCGCGACGCCGAACAUAACUGAAGAUCGAACCCAAGACAGCGUCCCAAGCCGAACUUGAGCAGUCACCUCACAGCCAGCGAAGAUGGCGACCGCAGACCCAUUCGACUCGGCACUCGACCUCCUGCGACGACUCAACCCAAAACAUACCUCGGAGCACCUCAACAACAUCAUCGCGAUCGCGCCCGACCUGACCGAAGACCUACUCUCGUCGGUCGACCAGCCGCUGACGGUGCGCCGCUGCAAACAGACGGGGCGCGACUACCUGCUAUGCGACUACAACCGCGACGGCGACAGCUACCGUUCGCCCUGGAGCAACCAGUUUGACCCGCCGCUGGACGAGGCCGGCGGCUUGGGUGGUGUCGGCGCUGGUGGCAGUAACGAGGGCGCGGGCGAGGGCGCGGUCCCCGGGGAGCGCGUGCGCAAGAUGGAGAUCAAGGCCAACGAGGCGUUUGAUGUCUACCGGGACCUGUACUAUGAGGGCGGUGUGUCGUCGGUGUACUUGUGGAAUCUGGACGAUGGGUUUGCUGGAGUGGUGUUGCUGAAGAAGGCCUCGCCGCAAAACGACGGCGCAUCAUCAGGCGUGUGGGACUCAAUCCACGUCUUCGAAGCCAGCGAGCGCGGCCGCACGUCCAACUACCGCCUCACGUCGACCGUGAUCCUCUCGCUGGCCACCAAGGGCGCCUCGCUGGGCGAGGUCGACCUGAGCGGGAACAUGACGCGCCAGGUCGAGCAGGACCUGCCGGUCGAGAACGACGAGAGCCACAUUGCCAACAUUGGCCGCCUCGUCGAGGACAUGGAGCUCAAGAUGCGCAACCUGCUACAGGAGGUCUACUUUGGCAAGGCCAAGGACGUCGUCGGGGAUCUGCGCAGUAUCGGGAGCCUGAGCGAGGGCCAGCGCGACCGCGAGACACAGCGCGAGUUGAUUGGGAGUAUGCGGAGAUGAUGACCGUGGAUGAGAUACCUAUGAAUUAUGAAUGCCCAACCCUGUGCCUUGCUUCACGGUUUAUGUUAUCCGUCGAUCGUGUCAGCGAGCCUGGCUCGGAGGCCGCUUGUUCCUCCACCUGAAACGGCACCGCUCAUUGCGAAGUGACCUAGGCGCCCUCGGCACCGUGCCCUCCGGAAUGUAGGUACCCAGUGGGCCCGUUUCAAGGAUGCACAUCAUCGCUCUCCCUGUGUAUUUUCCAGCCGCAUGAAGAUCUGGAUCAUCUUGGGAGCUGCAGGAUUGCACCUCAGCAUUUCAACCCUCGCUUCGGGAAAUAGAUCGUUUGCUGGCCUGUGCCGCCUGUCACCUUUGAGGGCGGCCGAACCGGGAUACCUCACAAUGAGCUGUUCGCGAGACAUUCAUUACAUACACUUUCUGACUCCUGAGGCGUUUGGUAAAAGAUGAAAUGAUGUUCAGUGAGUGAGUUACCUCUGCAAACAUCGGAAUGUGAUUGC